AUGCUGCGUGUCCCGGCCCCCGGUGAUGCGUUUUGCGACCUUUUUUCCCCCGUACCGGCGAAGCAAACCGUUUUCUUUGCUGCUUUGUCGCUUGUCGGGUCUCCGCAGCACGUAUGCUACAUUGGCUCCGGGGCAUUCGGCACUGUUCGCCUCGCCUGGUUGCAGGAGCGGAGGACUUGCUGCAAGCGCAUUGCGACCGCUUCCGGAGAGAGGACAGAAACAACGGUUCUGCUUGGGGUCUUUGCUGCCGUGGCCGUGAAGCGUGUGGCUGUCCCCGCUGCGAGCGAUGGCUUUGGAAAGUCCCGCCGACUGCUGCUGCUGCGCGAGCUUCAGGUGAUGGAGCGUAUCCGCAUGCAUCCACACCCAAACAUCGUGCAGUGUUGGGGGUUUCUUUUUGGAAGGAAGGAGAGAGAAGGGACCCCUGACACUUGGAACCCCCCAAGCGCCAGCACUGACGCCGGCACGGGCGGGACACUUCUUACAAGCCUGAAGAAGGAGAGAGACCAGUUGGCGCUUAAUAACAAAACGAACGCCGUGGGUAACGUGUCAGACCAACAGAUUCUGGAGGGAUCCUCAUACGUUGAUUUGUGCCUCUCACUCUGCACGGGAGGUACGCUGGGGGACUAUGUGCUCCAGAAAGCCAGGCAAGCUUUUGAGGAGGCGACGACUGAAACGCACUCCUCAGUGUUGGUAUCGCGGGUUGAGAUAGACGUGACGGCGUCUAAUAAAAUGAGUUCUGAUGGCGUCAGUGGAAACGAGGGGGUAACUGGCAGCGCCAGUGAAGGCAUCUCUUCAUUUACCUGCAACGAUUGCGGUGCACAUCAUACUCACGCGCCAAAAAAACUGGCCGAAGCGAAGGAAUCUGCCAAGGCGACUUCAGAGUGUUUACUUGCGUCCGUUGCAUUUUCCCCUUGCCUCGCACUUUCGGAGCGUGACAUUGUCGCCAUUGCGUAUGCGUUGAUCAAUGCACUUCGUCACACGCAUGACGUCUUAAAAACCUUGCAUCGUGACGUUAAGCCUUCAAAUGUGCUGAUCUUCAGUGGGGUGGGAAAGACGCCGCAGUAUGCGAUGCAGUCUUCUUCCUUCGUGUGUGAGGCAUCCUGUGGAGAGGCUUCGCACGGGUGCGGCACAACGCUUCCGGGCGAGACCACACCCUUGAGCCCGAGCGAGGACCCCAAGACAAAUACCACGUCGAGUGAGAGUGGUAGUGACUCGGUGGAAUUUGCCCUUUUUUCAGAGUCUCCAGCAACUCUGCGGCGGUCAACUACAGAAAGUCUACGAUGUGGCUCCGAGGAGGACUCUGCGACAGCAACGGCAUCGGCGGGAGUGUCUAACCUCACGAAGGGAGCCUCCGCAACUUUGGUGGUGCCGCUGGGUUGUGGACAAUACCGCCUGCCAUAUGCCGCUGGCGAGUCUUCACGGAGGGUUUGCAUUGAUUACCUGCCACAGGUCGAGGGAUGGCGCCUACAGUUGGCGGACUUCGGCGUUGCUACCGGUGUGGGGCAGCUGGCAGGCUCAGGAAGGUGCGGCAGCGCCCCGUUUAUGGCCCCGGAAGUUGUUGAACACGUCCACAACGGUGUCUCCGGGAAGUACGAUACGAAGGCUGACAUUUACAGCCUGGGGGUGACGCUGCAGCAUGUGCUUCUGCACCUUGUCAUUGGAACUGAGACGGGGGGGAAGGCAGCACGCGACCACGCCGAAGCCUUGGGGGCGCAGUGGGUCGAUGAGGACGACACCGCGGCGCAAUUCCCGGCGGCGCCGGCUGACCCGGCACCCGAGGCGCAGCCGCAGUUUCUUGUGCCUAACGCCUGGCGCUGCGACCGCGAGCUCGUCGAGGGACACCACAUCCGCUCCGCUCCACCGGAAAUGCGUUGCUCGACGCCUGCUUCAGAUGGCGCCAAGGAGGAGGGAGAUGCCCGAAAAACCUUCGCCGUGCCCCUUGCCUGGCGUUGCGGCAAUGAGUUGUUGGAACGCCGCUACAUUCGCCGCGAGUCGUCGUCAGGCAGAGGCGACGGCGAUGCUCACGCGCACCUUCUCGCCCCACUGCCUGAAGGGCUCAAGGAUGCUCGGGAGGCACACACGGUGAAGGAACGUCGUGGUUCACGAUGUAGCUCGUGUGGAAAGCUUCAUCGACACCUCGUUGAACUUUUAAACGCCAUGACGCGAAGGAAGGCCACGCAGCGUCCGCCGUUGUCAACCGUUCUUCAGAGUUCUGCAAUCAUUGAACAAGGCACCUUUCUCCACACACGACGGCCCUUCGCUUCUUCACCUGCCGCUGUUGAUGAUGCCGACGUUGACGGCUACAAUAACAGCCCUUCCACGACCUUGAAUUCCACUGGAAAGGGAGCCGUGGCUGAACGCUUUCGCCGUGCACGGCGACGGGCACAAGAAAGGACGCGUGUCCAUUCUCCCCCCACCGGGUUUCGGUUGGACAUGACAGCGCCGCAGCAGCAGCCGAACAACGAGCAAAGGAAAAAACCAGACGGUUGUGAAAAUGACGCAACCGUGUUGCUCUGGCGUCCACCGUCACUCCGUUUUCUUCAGUCUUCACAAACCGUAGCCGACGUUGCGCAGUGA